AUGUCAUCUAUCCCCUCUCCACCACCUUUACCCCGCGGCUGGGUCGCAGAAUGGGACAAGGAGUACGGUAGAUAUUUUUUCGUCAACACCGAAACCGGUGAGAGUCAAUGGGAAGUUCCGUCCGCUACACAGGGUAGCGAACAAGGCGGUGAACGCCGCGAACACACAAAGAAAGAAGAUGGGUCUUAUGAUGGACGCGACUCACGUGCGUCGGGCGAGACUGGAGAAGGUGCCCAAGACAGAGGGUUGGGUAGCAUGGUGGUAAACUCGAUGUUGAGUGGAGGUAACAACCAUAACAGCCACAAGCAAUCUGGGUCUGGGGCCAUCAUUGGUGGGUUGGUUUCCAUGGCCAUGAACAGUGGUAAGAAGAAUGACCAUAACAACAAUAACUACAACAAUAACAAUAACAACAACAACAACAACAACAACUACAACAACAACUAUGGUGGUGGCAACAAUAACGGCUAUGGUGGUGGUAAUCAGCAACAAGGAGGUGGACUUUUUGAUAACUACAGUCCUCUGGGUGGUCAGGGAAACCAUGGCAAUGGUGGCCAUGGGAAUUAUGGCGGUAAUGGUGGUGGUAACUACGGAGGAAAUGGUGGUAACUACGGCGGUAACCAUAAUUCAAACUCUUCUUCUGGUGGACUUGGAGCUCUUGGAGGACUUGCUAGUCUGGUUCUUGGCGGUUCUUCUUCUUCUGGAGGGAACCACGGGAACUCCUCCUCUUCCUCUGCUGGACUUGGGGCCUUGGGUGGGAUUGCCUCACAAAUGCUUUCCGGUGGCAAACAGGGAAACCACGGUAACAGCUCGUCAGGUGGCCUUGGGGCUCUUGGUGGGAUUGCCAGCUCGCUCCUCGGUUCAGGAAACUCCAACUCCAACCACAACAACAAUAACAACAACUACAACAAUAACAACAACUACAACAAUAACGGUAAUAGAUAUGGUAACAACAACCAAAAUGGUGGCGGUUACUAUUAA